CCUUUAAACCAUUAGUUUACUAAUGUCAGACUCAUAGGGCAAAAUGAACCUUGGAGAGUACCUGGUCCAGCGAUCUGAUUUUAUGAAAUUUAAGUAAUCCUAGUGCAGCAUUUAAGCUUGUAUAUGAGAGAACCUGUGCCAGGCACUGUGGACUUGGAGAUGGGCCUGGACAAAAGGCACUACCCUCAAGGAAUGGGCUGUCUGUCCAGUAGGGGUGGCAGAUGUGUGAGCAGCUGCAGGACAGUGAGAUCAAUGGGUUUUUUAGGGAACAGACUAUAUUAUAUAGCAGAAAGAACAUCGGAUUCUAGUCUGCAGGUCUGGGGGUGGGAAGGAGACAGUGCUUGGCAUCUGGGUUCUGCCACUUUCUGUAGGAUCUUGGACAAUUUUAUUAACCCCUCUGGGCCACUUCUGAUAAAAAGAAUUAUCUGUUUCUGCUGUACCUGCCCACCACACCUGGAAAAGGUCCGUAUGUACUCGCGCACAGUUGCCAUCAUCGGCGGCUUUCUUGUGCUGGCCAGCGGCGCUGGGGAGCUCUAUCGUCGGAAACCCCGCAGCCGUUCCCUCCAGUCCACUGGCCAGGUCUUCCUGGGCAUCUACCUCAUCUGCGUGGCCUACUCGCUGCAGUACAGCAAGGAGGACCGGCUGGCGUAUCUGAACCACCUCCCAGGAGGGGAGCUCAUGAUCCAGCUGUUCUUCGUGCUGUAUGGCAUCCUGGCCCUGGCCUUCCUGUCUGGCUACUACGUGACCUUGGCGGCCCAGAUCCUGGCUAUACUGCUGCCCCCAGUCAUGCUGCUCAUCGAUGGCAAUGUUGCCUACUGGCACAACACGCGGCGCGUUGAGUUCUGGAACCAGAUGAAGCUCCUUGGAGAGAAUGUGGGCAUCUUUGGAGCAGCUGUCAUCCUGGCCACUGAUGGCUGAGUUGCACAGGGAGAGGCUGACAUAGGUGCAGGGAGCCACUGAAGGCCACCCUACCUUCCUUCUUGCUGGCCCAGUUAUGUUUAUUUAUGCUUUUUGGUUGGUUGGUUUGAUCCUUUCCUCUGUGUAUGUGUGUGUGUGUUGGUAAUAGGCAGAUCUGUUCCCCAGUUCCUGGGCUCAACCCAGGGUGGGGGAGCCCUGACGAUGAUGCCUACAGGUUUCUUUUUUUCUUUUCCUGUUUGUUAGGAGGAGAGCUGAGGCCAGCUGCUCCCCUGGGUCUCAUGUCUCAGAGAAGAGAGUAAGGCAGGGCUAGGGUGGGGGUACGGAGAGUGGGAGGCAGAGGAAGGAAGACGAACAGUCAGAAGUGAGCAAGAGUAAAAAAUGCCUUUUGAACCUGGCAGAUGAAACCAGGCUUUGCAGUGCUCUUUGGAGACCAAGAGUGAGCAUGCGUGUUGACACGUGGAUCAGGCCCAGGAGGAGCAGAGACUGGGCCUCACAGAAGUCACAUGGGUUCUCAGGAUGGGCCAGGGGCAGAAAUGGUACUAGCUGUCACCCACCUUGAGAACAGGGCAGGCCCCAGACGACUCAGGUGCGAGGGGUGGGGCAGGCGGCGGUCAGCGUCCCGCCUUCUGCCUUCUGUUCCCAGUUCCGUGGUCGGCCUGGUGGGAGUGAGUGCCCUCCCAAAUACCAGACCACACAGUCUUCCAAAAAUAAACACUUUAUACAGACAUUUGGCUUUGCUUCUCUGUUCUCACAGGGCACUUUGCCAUUGGCUGGGAUUGAUCUUGGUUUUCUAGAAGGGCCAUAUCCGGUUAAACCCCACCUUGGUCCUCCUGUGAUCUUUCCCCUAUUCUGAGGGUUCCCACAGUCCCCUGGCUCUUUCCAAGGAUCUCCUAUUCCUCCCUGUAGUAUAUUCUUUUGACCUGUCACUUCAAUCCCCCUUGUAGCUUAUUUUCCCUCCCCAUUUGAUUUCAGUUUAAUGAAAUCCUUGGUGAGGGCAAGUAGAGGGAGAGAACUAAUAUUGAGUGUCCAAGGAUUUUACAUUUUACAGAUGAGAAAAUGGAGACCCAGAGAAGGUAAGCAGCUUGCCUCAAACCACAGGGCAAACCCAGCCAGAGAGCUGGGUUCCAGGUCAGGUCUGUCCGUGCCCAUGCCUGGAUGUGUACUGACCACCACCCCUCUCCUGAGGGAGCACAGGGGCUGCUCUCGGGGUUGGGUUCCCUCACCAGCCCCUGCUGUGCCCUGGUGGCCUCUUAAUUGAACUCUCCCUGCCUGUCUGGCACUUCCUGGCAGAAAGUAGCCCCAGCAACCAGUAUGGUGCCUGGCACAUCAUGGGGGUCAAAAAUAGUCAAUGAAACCAGCUUUGGGCUGCUGCCUUUCGGCUUCCACAAAGAUGGAGACCCAACCUCUAGGGGCCCAAGGGGAAAAGACCCAAGUCUGGGCUUGGUUCUGAGCCCUGCCUGAGAGGGAGCUGGGGCUGCUGCUAUUGGCCUGGUCUGUGGAAUGGAGGGUUUCCCAGCUUAGGAGUAGGGGAC